AUGAUAGUGACUACUCCUCCGUCGUGUCUCCGGCCUCCUCCAGAUCCGCCGCCGUCGUCUGGUAUGUACGCUCUGUUUGAAGCUCUCUGUCCCGACAUCCCUCCGAAACCACCAGAUCCUCCAGACGGUCUUUCUCUCCUCCUCGUUCUCCAGUCAUUUUUCUCCUCUGUCGUCUCUCCAUCUUCUCUCGCUGUCGUCGUCCACCCUACUCCCCUACUCGGCGCCGUCCUUCUCUGUACAAGCGAAACCACCAGACCUACUCAGCCCGAGCUUUGGCUCGCCGGAUCUGUUUGGUUUUGCAUCUCUGAAGCGCCUACACCACUCCACGCAGCCUCAGAUCCUCCCAUCGUUGCUGAGAAUCCCUUCUGCUAUGCCUCAGCCGUGUUCAUCUCUGCAAUGUAUUCAAGGUGUUCCGACACAGCCUCCUUCACCUUCGAUGUCUUCUCCUUUGUUCAGAAAAUCUCAGUUUGCUAUAUGUGCAAGCAAUCCGAAUCUCCGUUCAACACACGUCACCGGGUCUAUACUUUCUUGUCAAGCUCGAAAAAACCUGAUGGUGAGCAGUUUUGGAUGAAUUCCGUCACACUUAUACGGAUUCAAUACGGUAAUAUUGUAUCCCAAAGUCUCUGCCUGAAUUCAACUAGUGCUUUCUUUUCAACUUUUGUCAAGUACAUACAGCGGGUUAUCGCAAGUGGACCUGGUCCAAAUUCUGGCUAUUAA